ACAGGCCUCUGUGUGUCCUCAACUCUCAAUUCUCAAGUUUCUCUUUCUCAAUCUCAUACUCCAUUCUCCAAUCCCUAGAUACAUUAUCCUCCUCAGUGAGUCGACCAUGGGGAGCGAUUACAAGACGAUAAAGAUCAAUAUAAAACAAUCUUCCUUGGUACAACCCUCAAAAGCCACAGUACCUUCUAAUCAGAAGUUAUGGACGUCUAAUUUGGAUUUGGUUGUUGGAAGAAUCCAUAUUUUGACUGUCUACUUCUAUCGCCCAAAUGGCUGCCCCAAUUUCUUCGAUCCUGUCGUCAUGAAGAAGGCGCUUGCGGAUGCGCUUGUUUCCUUCUAUCCCUUUGCUGGUCGAUUAAGCAGAGAUCAGAAUGGUAGACCUGAAAUUAACUGCAAUGGUGAAGGUGUUUUGUUCGUCGAGGCAGAGUCGGAUUCCACUUUGGAUGACUUCGGUGACUUCACGCCCUCUCCGGAGCUCCGUCUUCUUACACCCACAGUUGACUACUCUGGCGACAUUUCUUCCUAUCCGCUAUUUUUUGCACAGGUUACCCAUUUCAAAUGCGGAGGAGUUGGACUCGGUUGUGGUGUGUUUCAUACUCUCGCCGAUGGAUUAUCGUCGAUCCAUUUCAUCAACAUAUGGUCUGACAUGACACGUGGCCUCUCCAUCGCCGUUCCACCUUUCACCGACCGGACACUCCUCCGAUCACGUGAACCACCGACUCCCACUUUCGACCAUGUCGAAUACCACCUCCCUCCGACCAUGAAAACCACCACCGGAAGCUCAACCCGGAAAGCCUCCACCACCGUUCUAAAGCUCACCCUCGACCAACUCAACGCCCUCAAAGCCGCCGCCAAGAACGACGGCGGAAACACCGCGUACAGCACAUACGAAAUCCUCGCAGCCCAUCUAUGGCGGUGCGCGUGCAAGGCACGUGGACUCCCAAACGACCAGUUGACCAAAUUGUACGUGGCAACAGAUGGACGGUCAAGAUUGAGCCCGCAACUCCCACCGGGAUACCUUGGCAACGUUGUGUUCACCGCCACCCCAAUGGCGGAAUCCGGCGAGCUCACGAGUCAACCUCUGUCAACUUCAGCAUCGUUGAUCCGAUCCACGUUGAGUAAAAUGGAUAACGAGUAUUUAAGAUCGGCAAUUGAUUACCUUGAAGUGCAACCGGAUUUAUCGGCUUUGAUACGUGGACCGAGUUAUUUUGCGAGCCCUAAUCUUAACAUAAAUACGUGGACCCGGUUGCCGGUGCAUGAUGCGGAUUUUGGCUGGGGGCGGCCGGUGUUUAUGGGACCGGCGGUGAUUUUGUACGAGGGGACGAUUUAUGUGUUGCCGAGCCCUAAUAAUGAUCGGAGUAUGUCGUUGGCUGUGUGUUUAGGUGCUGAUGAACAGCCGUUGUUUGAGAAAUUCUUGUAUGAAUUUUAGGAUUUUUUUUUUCUUAGUGUUUGUUACUAUGUAAUGAACUUAUUCGAUGUUGUUUGGGUUUUCGUGUGACGAGUAUUAUUAUGAAACCAAUCUCUUUAACCAAAAGGAAAA